AUGGAUUACGAUGAGUUUAGCAAUGACAACAACCCAUUCGCAGGCUCCAAUCAUUUUUACUCUAACGGAAUAAGCACCACCACUGAAUCCGGAGAGCCACAAGACAGCGACACGAGUGUAGCUUGCUUAGGAGUCCAAUCUAUGGAUAGCCAGCCUCUUGUCAAUCACACUCCAGCUCAGUUUUCGGACAGCACAAUCGUUCGAAUAACUAACUAUGAAGUAUUGAGAGAUUUUAAGAACAUCACCACGGUUUUUUACAAAAUAGAAUACAUGUCCAACAGUGUAUUGCGCCGCUACACAGAUUUCGUUUUCCUUCGCUCUUACCUCACAAAACUCUUUCAAACGAAAGUGAUACCGCCUAUUCCGGAAAAACACUCUUUAGGGCGACUAAUCAAGAAUCCGUUCACCUACAAAUCAGACACAAAAAUAAUACACAGACGAAUUCGACUACUACAAUAUUUUCUCUCUGAGGUGAUAUCUGAUCCUGAAAUUAGACAGGCAGAAGUCCUUGUCAAAUUUCUGGAUCCGUCACAAAGAAGUUGGCAUCAGAUGGUAAAGUCUGGGCACGUUGCGAGCUUAUCUUCGAAAUCUGUGCUAUUAACCUCACCGAGAAACCCGACCAUACCCAAUCCUUAUCUAGUCUAUCUACCUGUCCCACCUCUUGGACUGGCCAAAAAGUACGACUCAAGUCUCAAUUCACGAAUAUUUGUGCCAUUGGAGAGAAAGACAAAGCUUUUGUUGCAAAGAGUCCAAGGUCUAGAACAAACAAGCAAAAAACUCAUUAAGGAUUUCGAAAGAGACCGCUUAACCAUGGUUGAGCUUGGUGGAUUCUUCAACAUUUUUAGUAUCCUGGAAGAUCAACAGAAACCUAUCGAAGAGUUUGGAAAUAGAAUUGAUCUAACCUUUUUGAAUAUUGAAAUGCUAACAAAGUCCAUCACAGUCAAGAUCUAUGAACCAUUGAUUAUUUUGCGACUCACGUUAGUUGCCACUUUACAUCUCCUUCAUUAUAGAAAACUUAAAGAGUUGCAGCUAUCGUAUUUGCAGGAAAUUAUCGUCAAAAAGCAGAUCCGACUCAAGAGUUUGAUGGAGCGAGUGACAUCGGAGUUCAAACUGAACCAAGUAUUGCAAAAUAAUUUAGUCGAUUCUCCAAGUCUGAACAGAGCAAUAAAUGAGCUGAAGAUGAAGAAGCGAAAACGUAAACAGUUGGACGAGUCGUCUCUCAUCAUAAUUAACGAGCAGCUGCACAAAGACGACGACGACGAAAGCUUCAUCAGAGAUCACGAUAACAAUUCUACACUGAGCAAAGGCAGUCAGGGAAAUUGGAAGACAGCCAUCGCAGGAACAUCAUCAUCUGCCUCAUCAACCAAACUUCAUACGAGAAUCUCUUCUAGCCACAAAUCUGUCUCAAAAUUAACCCCUGACGAAUUAGGUUCCGAGAUAUCUACAGCGCGUCUUGAGCUCAGCGAAAAGCUCACUCCGUGUUUCACAAACCUGAUGCUUGAUGUGAAAUUCAUCAGCCUCGAAGUGGAGAAGAAUGUUAACCAUCAAUUAGCCAACGUGGUUCAAAAACUGUGCGAUAUCAUGAGUGACUGGCAAACUAUGGUUUUCAGCGAAUUCGCACAUAGCUGUCUAAAAAUAUGGAGUAAUGAUACAUUGAGCUGA